AUGAAGCGCUACGCUCCCUGUAAUCAAGCACUGAUUCGGGCCGAGUCAUUGGGUAUGUGGGCCGGAUCAGAGUGUGAGUCAGGAAUGGGCCGUGACUCGUUCGCUAUCUGGGAGAUCUCUGAUCCGGCAUCUGUGGUUCGUGUUGGAACAACAAGUCUGAUCUGUGGAGGCUCCACCUGGCAACCCAGAGGACUUAAAGAGCCAGCAUACAAAACUACUGCUAUUCCAGAUAUUCCAAAUUGUCCUGAUGCCUCCGACACUCCUGAUGUUCCUGAUGCUCCCGAAACUUUUGAUGCGCCAUCAUCUUCUGCUACUCCUGACACUCGUCAUGCUCCCACCCAUCCUUAUGCUUCCAAAACUCCUGAUGCUUAUGACUAUCCCGAUGCUACCGGCAUUUUUGAUGAUCCCGACACUCCGGACACUCCCGACAUUCCUGAUGCCCCCAACACUCCUGAUACUUCCGACAUUCCUGAUGCUUCCAGCACUUCUGAUGCUCCUGCUACUCCUGACCCUUCCGACAUUCCUGAUGCUCCGGACACUCCUAAUAUCUCCGACCCUCCUAAUGCUCCCGACACUCCUGAUGCUCCCGAUUUUCCUAAAGCUUCCAACAAUUCUGAUGCUCCCGACACUUUUGAUAACUCCGACAUUCCUGAUGCUUCCGACACUCCUGAUGCUCCCUACCCUCCUGAUGCUCCCAAUGUAUCUGAUGCUUCCAACAAUUCUGAUGCUCCUGACACUUCUGAUAACUCCAACAAUCCUGAUGCUUCCGACACUCCUGAUGCCCCUGCCACUCCUGAUGCUUUUGACAUUCCUGAUGCUCCUGCCGCUCCUGAUACUUCUGACAUUCCUAAUGCUCCCGAGACUUCUGAUACUUCUGACACUCCUGAUGCUCCCUACCCUCCUGAUGCUCCCUACCCUCCUGAUGCUCCCAAUAUACCUGAUGCUCCCAAUAUACCUGAUGCUUCCAACAAUUCUGAUGCUCCUGACACUUCUGAUAACUCCGACAUUCCUAAUGCUCCCGACACUCCUGAAACUCCUUAUGCUCCUGAUGCUCCCUACCCUCCUGAUGCUCCCAAUAUACCUGAUGCUUCCAACAAUUCUGAUGCUCCUGACACUUCUGAUAACUCCGACAUUCCUAAUGCUCCCGACACUCCUGAAACUCCUUAUGCUCCCGACACUCCUGAUACUCCUUAUGCUCCCGACACUCCUGAUACUUCUGACAUUUCUGAUACUCCUGCCACUCCUGAUACUAUUGACAUUCCUAAUGCUCCCGACACUUCUGACAUUCUUGAUGCUUCCGACGCUCCUGAUGUUCCAAUCCAUCCUGCUAAUCCUGACGCUCCAGCUAUUUCUGAUGCUCCCGACACUCCUGAUGCUCCUGACACUCCUGAUGCUCCUGACACUCCUGAUGCUCCCGAAACUCCUGAUGCUUCCGACACUCUUGCUACUCCUGGCGCUUCUGCCACUCCACGUUCCCACCUAUACUGA